AUGAUGAAUCGAACUCUCUCCGGCAGAAGGAGAAGAAACUCUACCAACACUGGCCGCCAUCGGUUCGGUAUUGGCACCUUCCGAGGCAUCCAACAGCCUCAGCUGAGUAAGAAGAUGAACCGAGUGAUCAAGAGCGAGAAUGCAGCGAUCUCUGCUCAUGAGUCCGCCGCCAGGCAGCGCAUGUCGAUUGCAGCGCAGAUUUCGGAAUGGGGCGAAACGACCGAAGAUGAAGCUAUCUCUGAUAUCUCGGAUAAGCUGGGCGUGCUGAUGGCGGAAAUGGGCGAGCAGGAGGAUGUUUACGCGCAGCAUUUGGAGGAUUAUCGUACGGUCCUGAAGCAUAUUCGCGACACGGAGAGCUCUGUCCAGCCGACCCGUGAUCAGCGAGCCAAGAUUGCCGAUGAGAUCCAGAAGCUUAAGCUGAAGGAGCCCAAUAGCCAUAAGAUUGAAACGAUGGAGCAGGAGCUCGUAAGAGCGGAGGCGCAGAAUCUUGUUGCUGAGGCACAGUUGACCAAUGUGGUAAGUGAUAUCUGCUCCCAACUCAUGUUCAAACGCUUAGGGAUGCCUUCACAGACCCGACAGAGAUUUAAGGAGGCAUACAGUGUCCACCUUGCUGCUGUGAUUGAGCGAGGAGAGAAGCAGGUUCUACUUGCCCGUCAUGCGCGUCGUCUACUCAAUUGUCUAGACGAUACGUCGGUGAUCCCCGGAGACGAGCCGAAGGCGUAUGAAGGAGGAGACGAAGCCAAGCAGAUUAUCGAAGACGCUGAACGAGAGCUGCACUCCUGGGAGACCGAGUACGAGCCCGUAGAGACUAGAGCCGAACAUGGAGCGGGAGCUGUCCCCGCCACCACGUCGUCGCAGCCAUCGCCUGGUGAUGACCGCGAACACGAACAUCGUGCGUCUGAGUCCCAGGCGACGGAGUCCUACCAAGGCGAGCCGGAAUAUGGUCAUGCGAGGCAUGAUUCAGCUUCCGACGCAUAUUCUCACAUUUCCGCUAAUGAUGCGGCAUCCGGAACGAGAAUCCAUGGCAUAUCACCUACAGCCCCAGGGAUGGAUACUGAUACCGCAGAGCAGAGGACUCCGGUAGCGAACCAUGAGGGAGGCUCCAGUAAGGAGACCGAGGGAAACGGCGAAAAUAAGAGACAGAAAACCCUCGCGCCCCAUGAUACUCAGGGUAUCAUGACAUCAGGCUCAGACGCCGACUUGCCUAUACGCACCAAGAAGUCAGAUCUCGGGGGUCCGCUAGACGCUCAAACGCAGCGAGUUGCAGUUCCUAUCUGA